ACCUUAUAAUGACACUAUGACACAGUAAAAUAGAAAAAAACAAAACAAAUGUAUUGUUCUCAGGAAAAAGUUUCGGGAUUUGCAAAACAAUUUGCGUGUACCAUUAAUGGCGAAACAACAGAAUUUGUUUUUCAUCCAUUCGCAAACAAAUGGUUUAUAUUAAUCACUCAAUAUGGCCGGGUGCCAAAUAUGUAUAGCGUUCAGUUUGAUUUAAAGCGCAGCGAUGGCAUUCCUUUGGCCAUCCAAGGCCCCAUCAACCAUCCACAGUUUCACAUGUCUGUCCCCAUAACAGUGACUUGUAAUUUUGGCGCCGAUAAAGAUGAAACCCGCAGUGCCAUACAGUUCUUAGUUAACAGAUCGAAAUUAAGUAGAUGUCCACAUGAGUUCCUCAUAGGCUUGGGCAUUAAAGAAUUGGAUGGAGCAGUUCUUCGGGAGAUAGCAAAGGUUUUGGAUGAAAUUAUUGCCUGAACAAGGAAAUCUCGAAUAUGGAAGAUCUCAGCAUGUUUUGACGUUUUAUAUUCUAAUAAGUAUUUAAAAUACAAUAAAAACAUUUCACUUUUUCAAAAACAUAAA